CUUAGUUUUAAUAUUUCCCUAUUAUUCUUAAAAUUUCAGGCUUAAUAAGCAGGCUUAUUACACAUAGUAUUGAUAAAUAUUAUCAUGAGUGAAAUAACAAAGGGUGACGUUAGACAAAAAGUUACGCCUGUGGGAAACUCCUGGAUAGUAUGCAAAUCUAAACGCCAUCAAGGGCAUGUCUACUAUUUUAACAGUUUAACUGGAGAAGCCGCCUGGAAUUUAAGUGAUGCUGAAAUUGAAAAGGCAAAAUGCAGGACAAAACAUCUUGAGUGCAUUCCAGGCGCUCAACCAACAACAUGUCCAGAACCAAAAGAUAAGCCACCUGGCACUCGUUACAAACCAUUUAUUUUCAACAAUGUGACAGAACAACAGUCCUCAGUUUUUAGAUUUGGUAAUAGUAAUGCAACUGUAUGUACCAAUUUGAGCCAGGUAUCGGGGGUGGUGCAGGGUUCUCAGAUCAAUAAUCCUACCUCAAUAAAACCUGUGCAGUUGAUUCCUUUCAACAAUCACAUAACUACAUAUACUGUCAACAGUACUACUUCCCUUUAUAAUCCAAAAGUGUGGGAUGUUCCUGAAACACAGCAAAUUUUUGUGGGACCCACAACGGCUCCUGUGCUGAACCAUACUGCAUACCCUAUAAAUGUUGGAUUUAGCAACUUAUCGCAGCCAUUGCCAGGAGCUUUAAAGCAAGGUGAAAAUACAAACACAUCAAGAACAUAUUACCCCAGAGAUAAUAAUUAUGACCAAAGAGGUAAUAGAGGAAUCAAUAAGAAAGUUGCAUAUCCUAUAAAUGAUCUAAGGCAGAAGAUACUGAAAAAAAAACGAUUUCAUGGGAAGCAGUCUAGUUUUUCUCAAGGAUCUGGUAAUAAAGGUAAUGCCAGAAAACCAGAAACCUCAUCUCACAAUGCUCCAAAUGAUGACGUAACUGAUUCGGUUGAUGUAAAUGAUGGCACGAAGAAGGGGUGCUCAAAGGCUAAUUUACAGGAAGUCCCAUCAAAGUUUAAUGUAAUGCCUUUAAAACGUCUGGCUCCACUCGGUUCUAGUCUAGAUGCUUGGUUUAUAAUUGUUGAUUUGGGUGUGCUCCUGAAUGAAUUUAAAUUUGUUACUACUUUGACAGAUUCAGAUGAAAAAUGUCACCUUAUGGUUCCAAAGAGGAUUAUGGAAGAACUAAAAACAUUUGUUACUUGUACAGAAAAUAUACAAGCUAGACGCAUUUUACGAUUUUUGUCACAACAGAUUGAGACAGGAUAUGCUAACAUGGCUGAAGAGCCCUGUAACCUCCAAGGAAAUGAUAUGGCAGAGGUGCUACUUAAAACUUGUGAAUAUUUGAUGGAAAAAAAAUAUCAUGUGGUUCUUAUCUCCGACGACAAUGAGGUUUUAACCAAGGCCUCGUCUAACAUACCUGUGUUUACUAUAGUCAGGAUUAAAAACCUUUUAUUCGAUUAUUCUAAUAAACAAACUGAAUUACCUAUAUGUGUUAAAAAACCGUUUUCAAUCGACAAAUUAUUCAAAAAAGUUCAAAUAACUGCGCCAAAGAAUUCCUCACAAGUGACAGAAACUAUCGGAACUGAUACAGAUACAUUACAUAUUGAUGGGCAAGGAAUACAAAAACAUAAUACAAUACAAGAAGUAAAUAACGUAAAAAAACAUAGCACACUAGAAACAUGUAACCAAAAACUAAGAGAGAAACAAGAUAAAAUAGAACAAUGUGUAUUGGUGAAACACACAGUUGACACAGGUAUUCAAACUGAUUUUGAAGAUGUCAAUGCAAGCACUAGAGCCUUAGAAAAGCAAAUUGAAAAGGUUCCAGAGACUCUUCAAAACAAAAAAGAUACAACCAUCCCGGAACCUUCACCUAUAAAUGUUGCAGAGAACAAGACUGAAAUUAACUUAGUAAGUAUUGAUGAAGAUCAAGCACCAAAUCUUGAUACUAAAAAGAGACGGUUUAAACGGGGCAGAAAGAAAAAAACAGCGCCUAAACGGGGCCAAAAGACAAACACAGCGCCUCCGCCCGUUGAACAGAAAUCAUCUCGCAGCGACGAAAAGUCUAUUGUGGAGACGAUCGAAUCUCCUAGUAAAAAUACGACAGAUGUCGUACAAAUAGCCAAGGUCGAGGCCGAUAAUACUAUUAAAGAUGACAGCAAUGAGAGGAAUACCACCACCAUUGAGGAACCUUCAACUUUGGCUACAAUAUCUAACUCGGAUAGUAAUGUCGACACAAUUCGGGAAGUCGAUCCACAGAUAGCAGAAGAAAGUAAUAGAGUGUUCAAAAAUUUGGUGUUACGUAUAUUGACAGCAAUAAGAGAAGCACUAAAUAUAGCACAACUUUUAAGCGUACAAUGUCACACAGAACUGAAGAAGCCACGCCUAUCGUCAAAGGUGAAAGGUGAAUUGAAAACAAAGGUCGAAAAAGCGAAUGUGAAUCUUAUUGCCAUCUGUAGAGAGUUAGAAAGAAUGGUGAAUAACGAGUCGGACACUAUCGAUAAAAUGCGUAAGAUAUUGAAAAAAGUGAAUAUUGACAUCAGAAAUGUGGACCCAGCGCUAAUUGAACAGUACAAAUUAUCUCUCAUCAAUUUCAAGAAUAUCGCGGAUGAAUUCCUUGACACAUUUCAGACAAUAAAAUCAUCUUUCGGUACUUAAAUAUUAUUCAAAAAGUUAAGUUUUUUUAUGAGUCUAUAGUCGUAUCUUUUCUUUUGCGGCUAUAAAAUACUCAUAAUUCGCGUUAAGAAGUUUUUGUUAACAUUUGUACAGCCUGAAUGUAUGUAGUUGUAAACGCGCGUUGUGAACUUGUCAUCUGAACGUAGCCUAACACAUGCUACUCUCGUACACAGCUUGUUAAAGUUUUUUUCUAUUACAGUUGAUUUCUAUUAAAUAAAUAAUAAUAAAUAACAGCCUGAAUGUAUGAAGUUGUAAACGCGAGUUAUCAAAACGCGCGUUGUGCCCUUGUCAUCUGAACGUAGCCUAACACUUGCUACGCUCGUACACAGCUUGUUAAAGUUUUUUUCUAUUACAGUUGAUUUCUAUUAAAUAAAUAAUAAUAAAUAACAGCCUGAAUGUAUGAAGUUGUAAACGCGAGUUAUCAAAACGCGCGUUGUGCCCUUGUCAUCUGAACGUAGCCUAACACUUGCUACGCUCGUACACAGCUUGUUAAAGUUUUUUCUAUUACAGUUGAUUUCUAUUAAAUAAUUAGGUAAUAAUAAAUAACAGCCUGAAUGUAUGAAGUUGUAAACGCGCGUUGUGCGCUUGUCAUCUGAACGUAGCCUAACACUUACUACGCUCGUACACAUCUUGUUAAAGUUUUUUUCUAUUACAGUUGAUUUCUAUUAAAUAAAUAAUAAUAAAUAACAGCCUGAAUGUAUGAAGUUGUAAACGCGAGUUAUCAAAACGCGCGUUGUGCCCUUGUCAUCUGAACGUAGCCUAACACUUGCUACGCUCGUACACAGCUUGUUAAAGUUUUUUCUAUUACAGUUGAUUUCUAUUAAAUAAGUAGGUAAUAAUAAAUAACAGCCUGAAUGUAUGAAGUUGUAAACGCGCGUUGUGCGCUUGUCAUGUGAACGUAGCCUAACACUUGCUACGCUCGUACACAGCUUGUUAAAGUUUUUUUUCUAUUACAGUUGAUUUCUAUUAAAUAAAUAAUAACACUGCUCAA